CAGAUGAAAAUUCUGACUGCAUUCCUUGUCUGCCCUGUUCUAUCUACAUGUGCACGGCGAUUUAAUGUUUGAAAAUAUUACAACCUGCUCAGCGUUGAAUGAUUCUUGUUUUCAUCGCAAACAGCAAAACCUUUUCUGACUUCAUGGGGCAGAUUCCUUAUUGAGAAGCUAAUAGUUGCUUCUUGCUUGUUUAUGGAAAUAAAGGAUUAUUUAAAAAUAAAGUUGGCUUAUCACGUUCCAGGACUCUACCGUGAGACUGAUCCGUUGACUGAUAAUGAAUGUAGUCAUACGAUCGUUUAGUUGAAUUCCUCCUCUUUAAAGCACAAACACUAAUACACUCUGAAAUUUUCCGAUAGAAGCUGCAUUCCACUAAUCAUCCGAAUGUUCAGUCGUCAGGUAUCCAUGAAAUAAUGACCGGGAACUCUUUAGUCAUUAAGUCAUGGGAAGGUCCAUUUGGGAAGGCCUUUAUGUACCCUUCCAAAAUUAGUAUCGGGGAAAAAGCUUUUAUACUUUAUCGGAGGCAGUUACGCUGUCUCCGGUCUUUAAGAUUUGACACGAGGAAUCCAGGGUCCAUCGAUUCCUUGCCAGGGAUACGACACUCGACACCCGUAAUAGUUUUCAAGGAAAGUCUACGUGUUACACCCUUGUAACUAUCAGAAUGUUCACGUUCGGCAAUAGUCGCUUGCUUUCGGCAUAUUUCGUGAGUGGACUCUUCGCAGAGACUGUCUGUACGAAGACGGGCAGUUGGUUUACUCUGAGGAGUGUGGGUGGAUGUGAUUUCGUUUCCCAUCUGACAGUGCGUGUAUUCGUCUUUGCAUGUGCGAUGUAUUUGACGAGUGAUUUCUCUAGUCUGAUCAUUAAUAUUUUUGGAAGAGCCCAGAUGCUUUGAAAAACGUGCCGCAGGUGUUAUAUAAGCAAGCAAUUUUAAGUUUCUUGGUGUCAAAAAUAAGUAUUUCGGUUUGUUCGCUGCUAAAUAUUUUUAACGUCUUAACUUUUUAUUGGCAAAAGUUGGAGCAUUUUGUGGGUAACGUGUUCCGGACACUGGAGUUAUUUGGAAUAUCACGCGAAUUGAAAAGAUUCUUCUUUGGAUUAAUCAUGAAUCCACAACCACCCGAGGAACAACAGCAAGAACCUGGGGGCAUUCACCCACCUGGCGCUCCAGGACCUCGGAAUAUGGAACCACCUCCGCAAAACACCCUACCCCCUAACAAUAACAUACCUGUAGAACCUGGAAUGAUGCCUGGAGGCUCCAUGGCAAGUGCUCAUCAACCUGACAUUUAUGGAUCUGACUUUACGAAUGGGCUGGCAAGCCUACCCUUAGUAAUACUGUGGCCACCAGAAACAUCAGCUCCAAGUCAGUUAGCAGAGAGCAAUUUAAGUGAACAAUCGGGACAAGCUGCUCAGAUUUCUGACAUGCCCCAUUCAAAUGCUGGAGUCCCACCUCAAAUACAGCAGCCACCCAUGGGGCCACAGGACCCACCUCAAAUGCAGCAGCCACCCAUGGGGCCACAGGACCCACUUCAAAUGCAGCAGUCACCCAUGGGGCCACAGGACCCACCUCAAAUGCAGCAGCCACCCAUGGGGCCACAGGACCCACCUCAAAUGCAGCAGCCACCCAUGGGGCCACAGGACCCACCUCAAAUGCAGCAGCCACCCAUGGGGCCACAGGACCCACCUCAAAUGCAGCAGCCACCCAUGGGGCCGCAGGAUCCACCACAUCCAUUCAUGCAGUCACAACCUGCAAGACGUUUUGUUCCUGAAAAUUUGCCAAGUCCUGUGACAGAAGAUGACGAGUGCAAUGAGCCAUUGAUUUUUGAUAUGGAUGAUGAUUGGGUGGAUCCACUUCCUCUCGCUACAAGAUUCUUUACCCAAGAUGAAAUCAGUGCUAGCCGUAGAUAUAUUCGUAGCACUAUGUACAAUAUUCCAAGCGGAAUGGAAACGAUGGAGGAAGUUGCUGUGCCUUUUGGUAUUGUAGUGAGCCCUUUGGCUCAAACAUCAUGUGCAGAAGAUUUGCCACUCAUUAUAAACAUGGGAGAAAUUGGUCCUGUUAGGUGCAACAGAUGUGAAGCCUAUAUGUGCCCUUUCAUGAAAUUCAUUGACGAAGGGCGAUGUUUCCGCUGUUGUUUCUGCAAGGCCACUACAAAAGUGCCUCAAUGGUACUUCAAACAUUUAGAGAACAGACAUCUGCCGGUGGCGAGACCAGAGUUGAAGCGGGCAGCAUAUGAAUUUGUUGCCACAGAAGAUGACUGUAGGAACAAAACAUUUCCAAAACCUCCAGCACUCAUCUUUUUGAUUGAUGUGUCUUAUAAUAGCGUCAAAUCUGGACUACUUAAACUUCUUUGUGACGAAAUAAAGGAAAUUUUGAAACUUUUACCCAAGGAUGAAGGAGCUGAAACAUCCAAUAUGAGGGUCGGUUUUGUAACCUAUAGUGAGGAAGCGGUUUUGUACAAUUUUAAGGUAAGGGAUGUAAUCUAUAAAAAUUUCAUCAGUUGCAAGAUUAGUUUAUUGACAUACUCUUUAUGUUAAAAUUUGUUGUUGUUGGACAUUUCCAGUUUUGUGUGCUAUUCCGCAGAGCUUAUUUCCACUCAUCCCUCUACUUUUCCUAUUUUUUUUAGCCUUUAGUCUGUUCUGAAGAUGGCUUUCUUCUGGGUUGUUGCUUGUUUUAGAAGUUACUAGUGUUUCAGAGGUGCUGCCUGCCUCUGUCAUCAGAGAGAUCCCUGCCAUGAUGUUCGAGGCAGCAAACUCCUCUAGAACACAAGUAGGCUUUUAGCAGACUAUGGCGCAACGUCCUAGAAGACAGCUAACCAUCUUCAUACUUUCCAUCAUGAGAAAUGAAAUCUCAUCCAGUGUGUUCUCUUCUCUAAUUUUCAACUGCUGUAUCCGUGGUCUCCACUAGGUUGUCUU